UGUGUGUGUUUGUGUGUGUCUCUUCAGACACUAUAACCAACUCUCAAGGCGCCUACCAGGAUGCUUUUGACAUCAGUAAGAAGGAGAUGCAGCCCACACACCCCAUCCGUCUGGGACUGGCUCUCAACUUCUCUGUCUUCUACUAUGAGAUCCUCAACUCUCCCGAACAGGCCUGCGCUCUGGCCAAACAAGCCUUUGAUGAAGCCAUUGCAGAGCUGGAUACACUGAAUGAAGACUCGUACAAAGACAGCACACUUAUCAUGCAGCUGCUUAGAGACAACCUCACAUUAUGGACCUCUGACAACGCUGCAGAUGAGGGUGAAGGAGGAGAUGGAGGAGAGAACUAAACACCCAUGUCUGUCCACAAAUUAAAGAAAAUGAAUCCUUGAAAGACAACUUUUUACACUUCUUCAUUCCUUAUUAUUUCACUUAUGAUUAUUCUAGCCAUGUAAACCCAUGGUCAUUACCAAUGAGCUGUGAUUGUGGGAAUUCAAUCAGUCCAGGCUUUUUUUUCUCCGUUAUCCACCACCUGGCUUGUGGUUGUAAUGAAAGUAAAUAUUAAGUUAAGGUAACAUUUCCACUCCUCAGUUUUGUGUUUUUGUCCUUUGGCCUUCUAUAUGUGCAGUGUCUGCUGUAGAAAAGUAUAAGCCUCACAAAAAAUCAAUUGUCCUUUUAAUUGUGACAAAGCGACUAGUGUGUGUGUGUAUAUUCUGGUGAGCUGAAACAUUGGAAGUGUCGGCCACAAAAUGCAAAGCGUUUUGCCUCAAGCAUGGCUAGUUCCUGUCCUGCUAUAUCACCUUCCAUUUUUAUGUCUCUCUAGGGAGAUCAACAUACACUUGAAUGAGAUAAAUGUCUUGUUGACUGUCAUAGUGUUGGCUUAAAAUGAGCCUGUGCUUUAGUAUUGAGAGCAGGAAGGCUGUUGUCUGAUCUACCAAGUCAGCUAGCUUUGCUCAGCCAAGUAUGCACUUUUCAUAGACCAUUUAAAUCAUGUCUUCAUCAUGAAGGACACGAAACACUCCUGCCUUGUUAUGGUUUUCACUAUAAUGUGUUACCUUGCAAUGUCUUGUGAUAAUUAAAAA